CUGAAUCAUUUUUAAUUUAAAUGUACAUCAAAUAACAAAUGGCAGAUAUCGUAAUGAUCUCUGAGACCAUUGUUCGACCCGAGAGCUACGACGAGGAUGGAUCCAACCGGGUUAAGAUCCAUCUCACUCCUUGGGAUCUCUUUUUCCUUCGAACCGAAUACGCUCAAAGAGCUCUAAUUUUUCCCCAACCCGACCCGGAAACCCACGUGAUCUCUCAACUGAAGUCCUCUCUCUCCGUAGCUUUGAAAAUUUUCUAUCCACUUGCUGGACGUCUCGUGAAGAUCCACAACGAAGAUGACGAAACGGGGUCGUUUUUCAUAGAUUGCGAUGGUUCAGGUGUCAAAUUCGUGCAUGCAACGGCUCCAGCUGUCUCGGUGAGUGAUGUUUUAGAACCGGACAAUGAUCACUGGACUGAGUUUUUCCCGGCAAACGGAGUUAAAAGCUGGCAAGGGGUCUCAGAGUCGUUGCUUGCUUUCCAAAUAACGGAGUUAAAAGAUGGAGUUUUCAUCGGAUAUGGCGUUAACCAUAUGGUUGUUGAUGGAACUUCCUUCUGGAGUUUUUUCAAAACAUGGACAGAGAUUUGCUCUGCCCGGAAAAUGUUUCCUCCUUUGUCUCUCCGUGGGUGGUUUCUCGAUGGGAUUAUUGAUUACCCGAUUCGAGUUCCGUUCUCAGAGACGGUAUCACCACUUGUUUCUUCAUCGUUGCCACCGAAUCUUCAAAAGAAUAUCUUUCACUUCACGAGUAGAAAAAUCUCUGAGCUCAAAGCAAAAACUAACGACGAGGUUGGUGGUUCUGAUGAGGAUCUGAAAAUUUCUUCGUUUCAAGUCGUGUUGGCGCAUAUGUGGCGAUCAAUAAUCAAAAACAGUGGUCUCAGUCCAGAAGAAUUGAUCCAAUGCAAGUUAGCAAUGGAUUUGAGACGGAGACUAAACCCUCCGCUCGAGAAAGAGUGUUUUGGAAACAUGGUUGGACUGGCUACGACCACCACAACCGCCGGAGAAAUGCUUAACAAUGGAUUGGGUUGGGCUGCUUUGCAACUAAACAAAACUGUGAGGUCACAAACGAAUGAAGAAUUCAAACGUUUUGCUGAAAAUUGGGUGAAGAACCCUAAAAUACCGAAUGGUUUGAUGGUGAAUAAUUCGCUCGUUGUUGCUAGCUCUCCACGGUUCAAUGUGUUUGGAAACGAUUUUGGUUGGGGUAAACCGAUUGCGGUUAGAGCUGGACCGGGAAUUGCUGGCCAUGGUAAAAUCCUUGUUUACCCAGGAACUGAUGAAGGAAGCAUGGAGAUUCAUACGUCUUUAUGGUCUCACGUUUUGGAGAAAUUAUUGGCUGAUGAAGAGUUUUUACAGCACGUCGUAUGUGUUAAUCGAAAUCAAAUGUAAUUCGUUUUUCUCUGAUUAAACCUCGAAUUCAACUCGAAA